UGUCGCGCCGAUUUCAAAACACAACACAUUUUCUAUCAAUUGACUCACGCAUAAAACUUACUAGGUGGACUGAAAACAUACAUUCUAAGGUCCGUAAAAAUGGAUUAUCACCCACUUCGUGUUGAUGCACUGGGACUUAGUGAUAUGUUUAAAAUGGACUUGAUGAAGCAGUUAGACUCGAUCAUGGAGCCACCAUGUGAUAAUAUUUCUAGUCACUGUGAUUAUGAUCAGAUGGAUACUACUGGGUCAUUGACUGUAAACAUAAAUUUCAACCAGGAACCGGACUGUUACUUAGAGACAAUCAGAUCAGACGCAUUUGAAGAUUUCAGCAGGAAUGGAAUCGAGCAAGAUCUGGACGAGGUAGAUGUAUUCCAGUCAAAGCUGCGUGAACGAACAACAGCAACGACACGACCGAUCGAACCUGAGACCGGCUACAACCCGGUAGCUGUUGAUUACAUGAACCAGAAGCGUAGGAAGUCGAAGAAAAAAAGUAAAACCAUAUGUGUGUUCUGUAAAAACAAUAAUGAGCAACCGCAGAUCUACCAGUCUCACGUUUUGAAGGACUCCGAAGGUAGGACAACCUGUCCGAUCUUGAGGAAAUACACCUGUCCUAUAUGUGGCGUGCGGGGUGGCGACGACGCCCAUACAAUAAGGUAUUGCCCUCGAAACCUAGAUAGGGACUUGAACCCAGGACUUGGGCUCUUGAUGAAAUCGCCUAGGCUUAGCACAGGCAAGGUCAAUCCAAGGUGUGCCAACUAAAAGACAUUAACACUGUCAGCUCACAGAAUCAGGAGUGCUUCUUUACAUGUGCUAUAUUUAGACUU